GACUAACAGGACUGCAUGUUUUAUAGCAACAAUUUUUCUAGAACCUUAAAUUGUGUGUUCUGGCUUUGCAAGAUGAACCGAUCUGUUUCCCAUGACUCCAGACAGCUAGGGUUUUGGGUUUUUUUUAGAACUAGAAUAUGUCUGCAGAAUAUGUCAAAUUUUUCUUUUUAUUUUCAUCUUACAGAUGAUAUAAUUAAGCUGAACAAGAAAGAAGAGAGAAAGCAAUAUUCUCCCAAAAUGAAAAGAGGGCUUCAGCAGAAUCGAACUCGACAGUUCAGGACACCAGGCUCCAAGUGGGGAAUCCAACAGCAGAAAGGUUAUGGUAAAAAUCGCUUGGGACGCAGAAAGAAGAUAGCAGGGAAGAAGCGUUCUUAUGGAGUUAUAACUGGCUUGGCAGCCAAGAAAGCAAUGGGUUCGCACAAAGGAAUUAGUCCUCUGAACAGACAGCCACUUAGCGAGAAGAAUGCACAGCGGAAUUACCCAGUUUUGAAAAAGAAAACAAACUUGCAGAGACAAUCUGAAAUGCAGAGAAAACAACCUCCAUCCCUCAGGAGGCCUGCCCCACUAAACAGAAGGAAUAACAUGUCGUCCACUUUUGCCAGAAUUGGAAACAAACUAAAUCAGCAGAAAGACACUCGUCAAGCAACUUUCCUGUUUAGAAGAGGUCUGAAGGUGCAGGCCCAAGUGCAGUCAACAGAUGAUCUUGAUAAUCAGACAGUAAAGAGAACUCGUCAAUGGCGAACUUCCACCACAAGUGGAGGGAUUCUGACUGUGUCCAUUGAUAAUCCGGGAGCAAUCAUAACCCCAAUUUCCCAGAAAUUACGAUUAACUCGUACUCCUGUGCCACCAUUUCUGAUGAAGAGGGACCAAUCUGAAGAGAAGAAGAUUCCCAAAGGGGUUCCAUUGCAAUUUGAUAUUAAUAGUGUUGGAAAACAGACAGGGAUGACAUUGAAUGAACGUUUUGGGAUCUUGAAGGAACAAAGAACAGCGCUGUCUCAGAACAAAGGAAGCCGUUUUGUAACAGUGGGCUAACCUGACAGAUGGACUUGAACACUGAUCCCACCUACUGAAGAAACUGAAAUAAAAGUGGACAGAAGAAUACAGCAUACGUCACUGAAAUUCUCCAGACUUCUUGCUAAGAUGAUGGCAGAGCUAUCUAUCUUUAUUACUUUUACUUUGAAUGGUAAAAGACAUGAUGCCCUGAGGGGGGGAAAGUGGGGAAACUGAUCCACUGGAGUGGCACCAUCACCUGGUUGGAAAAGAUUCUGUUGCCCAGCUGAUGACAAACUGAUUUUGGUUUAUCUUGCAACCAAAACACAAGAAUUUUAAAAGGCUUCUUUUUGUUGUUUAGGAGUGCUCAGUAUCUUUUCUUUGACCCUCUGUUAUGGUAAAGGUUCUGUAUUUCAUUACAAACCCCAUUUUAGGGUUUUUUAAGGACAGCCUAUCAACUUCAAUUUGGACUGCAGUUUGGCACAGAGCCUCAGUCCAUGAAUACUUCGGUGGUGAUGUAGCAACAUUUUUCAUGGGAGCAUUGGUUGUACUUCUUUGUGCUUUCAAAGUUCAGUUUUUUUCCUUUCUUGAAAACUAAAUGUUUUUCAUCCUCACUUUCACAAAUAAAGCUGUUAGCUGAGACCCAAAAUACAUAAAUGGGAUGGAGACUAUUCUACUCUUAUCCUUAAAAGUGGUCCAGAUUAUAUUGGAGAAAUACUGCAUAGCAUAGGCAGUAUAAGAGUAAUUUAUAUUGCAAAUAUCUUGAGUUCCAUCAUUCUCCUCUGUAAAUGGAGUAUGUCUGUCUCCUAUUUUUUCUUAAACUUUUGCUUUCUAUUUUUUUUUGUACUUUUUUUUUUUUGCAAACUUAAUGCAAUAACUUCACAUUUUUGAAUAAUUUCUUAGGAAUAAAUACAUCAGUUCACAAGAAAGUCAGUGGUAUGGUAGAGUUCCUUACCCUCUCAGACACAGGAUUCUCAUCUUGCAUACCUUGCCCCAAGAGGGUUUUCUCUGACUCUUACAAAUAGCCAGAGGCAAGCAAUCUAAUGGCAUUUGUUUGUAUAUACCAAAGAGAGGUAAGAUGUGAAGCUGAUCAGAAGAGGCCAGACAUCUUAAAAUUGUCUGAAACUGGGGAACAUUGCUGGAAGAAAGCCCUUAGUUUGCCAGCGUGUGUAAGGCAUUAAGCAGGAGCAUGCAGUCAUUUACUUUAAGCUUAGCUUUGUGCAUCAGAAUGUGAAGGAUGAUAACAAAUGCGGCAUCCUCAGUCUGAAUUUAUAUGAUCCCUAAAAAUGAGGCACCUGUUCAGAAUCACUUCCAGACCAGGAACUGGUGAACUUAACACUGUUCUAUAGCAAUGAGAUUUAGGUACAGUCAGGUAAAAGAAUGAUUGGCUUGCUGCAUCCAGAAAUGUUUAUGGUGUUUGAAGUGGGUUUAAUUCCUUUUAUUGUUCUUGAAGAGUUUACAUUUGACUUUUUACAGAGUUGGUUUCCUUGCAUUUUUAUCUCAAAUUCUGAGUUAAAUAGCAUUUACCAGGAACUUCAACAUU